UCUUCCUGUGUUGCAGACUUUGCAUCACGAUGACUUCCUGUUUGUGGCGCCUCUUCUUCCUGUUAUCACUGUGUUCCUCCAUCCACCCAUGCCCCGUCGGACUCAAAGUAAGAGUCACCGAGAGAGGCGUCGGAGCGGUAAAGGAUUUUGUUCUGGCAUUUUUCAAGGCCUUGGAGAAUCAUCCUUUUCCACCAAUAAAAAAGGAAAAGUAUUUGCUGAAAUUCACAAUUAAUGAGUUGACGUUCACUAGUCUACAUGUAGACAGAGAGAACGUGGUUCUGCGGCUGAAACAGGAAACGCAAAGUCUGCUCAUUGAAAUCAAAGAUCUGUCCUUCAAUGCACGUUUUCAACGAAAUGUUAAUGUUAAUUUGGUUGUGGCCAACCCUACCAUCCACUCCGCGGACUCGGUCCUGACCGGAGACGGAGUGGGGGGGAAGCUGAACCUCAGGAUGGACCUGCAGCUGAAACGCACUGAGGGGGGACGGCUGGGUGUCCAGAUGCUGGAGUGUGAGGCGGGGGAGUUACGCAUGGAGACAAAAAGCAAUCCAGGCAAAAAGUAUGACUAUGUCUCGGCUCUCCUGGGGUAUCUGCCUCUUAAGGUCUGUGGUAAUCUGAGAGCAUGUUCCUCCCAUGGGUGAAAUCUAAGCUGGAGAACCUCAUGAUGGAGCAGCAGGUGCCUGCAGGCAAAGACCUGUAUCUUAGUGUGAAUUAUGCUGUAUGCCAAGACAUCAGAGUGAUAUCCAGCGGCUUGAACCUGCCUUUAAGAGGCCUGGUCUCCUGGAAGGGACAGGAAGUGAACGUUGCUGCGAUACCAACGGGUGCAGAUCCAGAUGUGGGAGCAGAAAGUGAGGAGAUGGUUUAUCUGGGCAUCUCUGAUUUUUUUCUGAACAGCUACGCCGCCGCACUCUACAAAGCCGAAGCUAUGGAGAAAAAACUGAAUCUGGACAAUGCUUAUGUGAAGUUCUGGCGGAACAUAAAAAAAAUAAAGCACCGGAACGAAGAUAUAAAUGCAGAAAUCCAGAUCAGAGAGUUGCCGAUCAUCCACAUCAACCGGGAGGAGGGCAUCAGUGUUCGACCCAGGGUCAGAGUCCAGUUUAUAUCAGGGGAAAAAAAACCGAAGCAGUUCCAAGACGUUACUGUGGAGUGUAAGAUCGCUGUCCAGAUAGAAGUCAAAGAAAAUAAACUGACAAUCCCUUUGGACAAAAUCAAAUGCAAAUUAGAGACAAAUGUUGUAAUGGAAUGGUUAACAAAAAAACCGCUGACAAGGGUCAUCAAGAACAUGCUGUAUGACGUCCUUAAAGAAGGAGUACCGAUUCCUCUGCCUCCAAACAUCAAUUUAAUCCAAGGACCGGCCCACUACCGUGAUGGCUUCAUGGUGCUGGCAGGAAGUGUGAACUGGACUGCAGAAGCCAUGAAGACACUGGCAGAGCAGAUGCGUGAUCAUGUGUUCCGCAUGUUGGAAUAAAAUGAAGCAUCCGGUCAGGGGCAACAUUAGCAUUAUUAAAGUGAAAUGUAAUAAAUCACAUAACAGACAGUAAUAUAAACAGUGACUACUGUCCA